AUGUUUUCUGAUCUCAAUAAUGAUGCAUCUAGUCAAAAUCGCCGUAUUGAUAAUUCACAGUUGACCUAUCAUACACCCGUAUCAAUAUUAAAGAGGAAAUCUAUACAUGAUGACAGCACGAUUACUAGUGUCCCAAGCCAAGCUAUUGCUUCACCUCCUGUUACUUUUUCACCUAAUGUGGUUGAGCCACAACAGUGCCGUUCGGAAAAUCGUCAAAGACAAGGCAUUUUGAAAAAACGGCGAAGUUUGGAUGAGUCACAAGUUGCUAGAAGACGAUCGUGCAGUCCAGAAGUUUCUUUUGCUGAUAACGGUUCUUCUGAUAUUAAUAAACCGAUUUUGAAGAAUCGACGAUCAUCUUUAGAAGACGUCGUACGUAACAGGUCACCAGAUGGCCAAAUUCAGGGUAUUCUUAAAAGAAAACUUAGCAAGGAAGAGGAACUCACGAAUGAUGAUUUAUCGCACAGCUCUCCAGAACCUCAUGGUAUUUUGAAACGAAAAUCAAAUUCUAGCUCGAGUAGCAGUACAACUUCAUCUCAUGUUUCCAUUGCUCAAGCAGUACUCUUGGCUGCCGCGGGAGGUGCAGAGAUCGUGGAAGAAGAAAAAGAUAUCGUAAGGCCUAUAUUAAAGAAAAAAAGUUUCUCUGAAGAACGACCGUGCCCCGACAUUCUGCCUUCAGAGACGCCUAAACCAAUUUUAAAGAAAAAGUCAACAGAGCAUGAUGAUCACGAUUUCGACAUGCCUAAGAAACCGAUACUCAAGACCUCAAAAAAGUUGUCGGGCGACGAAGGCCAUGCUUCUAGUUUCGAUUUGAGCGAAGACGACAGAAGCUCACGUAGACCUUCGCUCCUCAGAUCAAAGACAUCUGAUCAAUCGGGUUCGGAAUGUGAGGCGACGGUGAGGCCUAUUCUGAAACAGAGGUGUUCCAGCCUCACCAGGGAUCGUAGCCAAUCUCCGCGACCACGACUUUCGUUUUGUGCUGAAAACGAGUCCAGUAUUUGUGUUACAAAUUUCACUGGCGGUAUUGGCGAUUCGACCGCGGCGGGACCGCGACGAGUUUUGAAUAUCGCCCCUGAUCAAGAAGAAAGCUAUCCAAGCGCUGUUAUACGUCGGAGAAACCUACGACCAAAAGUGAACCCAAGAUCUAUGAGUUUAGCUUGUGACGUGAACGAUGAACUACUUUCAAUUUUAAACAAUCGUAGACUGAAAGUGGACGAAAAUUGUGAGAAGGUGAGAAGUCAACUUUGGGAGGAAAACAAAAUUCUAAAUGACAACAAACCUAAGACGUUUCCGUCUAUCGCGUCCAGAAUAAAGUCUAUGGAGCAAGCUUUAACCAAGGAUAUGUUCUUACGCGACCAGCCAUCUACAUCUAAACCUAAACCUCGUGACAAAGAGCGUUAUAAAACACAGCCCGUUACAAUCGACGAGAUGAGGUCAAUAACUUCAAGCUUGGAGCCGGGCCAAGUGAGUUUCCAAGCGUACGGCCCAGCGGGCUGUAGUUUUCCGAGUCGUGCCGCCGAGGCCGGUGCUGCUGUUCCGCCUAAGGGCUACGUGGGCGAAGCCGAGAGAGUGCCCUUCGCAGACCUAGACUCGCCUCCGUUUGGCGACAACCUCUUCAAAGUCAAGCUGCCCACGGACAUCGAAUCGCCGGAGCGUGCCGCCAGCCGAGAGGAUCGCUACGGCGAAGCCACUUUCCUCGAUUUCGAGUGCACGGACAAGAGUCCCGAAGCGCAGCAGUCCCUAGAGGAAAUAGAGCAGGCGGUGAACAAGGUCCGUGUGGCGUUAGACGAGGACAGCAGAGCGUUGGAGGAGGACGACAGACAACAAGAGGCGGACAACUGGAGCCUAAAUGUGUCUUGUGACAGUGGAGUGUACAAUAGAGCAUCCUCCAGGGACUCUGGGCCGCACUCCGGCGAGGAAUUGGGCCUGAUCGAGGGCCAAGAGAUUAGGGAGGACCACACUACGAACAGCAGCAGUAACGACUGGUCGUCGACGUCCAUAGAGCGGGAACUCAUCGCGAUGGACAGAGAGAGGAAGUCGACGGAGAACGAGGCCCUAGGGAGUCCCGAGGGGAGGGGAAGCGACGAGGAGGGAGGAGAUGACCACAGCGGUUUCGCUCUCGGCCUAGUGAAGAGCAACAGCGUUGUGGCACGCGCUAGCAUGUGGCAGCAAUUGCAACAGCAAGCUAAAGGCACUCCAAGGCCCCUGAUCCGUCACAGUCGCUCCAAGCUAAAAGAGGUUCCCUCCGUGGUGGACCGGUUUAAAACACAACCCAUCCUCCAAUCGGAAAGCGCCGUCGAGCCCGCCGAGGAACGCUUGCCUCUCGCUCAAUCCAAAAGCACAGCGAACGUGCUAGACAGGGACGAGGAUGCCAAGCUAGACGAGGACGACCCGGCGAAGAUGUCGCUCGCCGACAAGAUGCGGAUGUUCGACGCGCGUCUGAAGCACAAACCGCCAGCCGGCGCCGUGCCGAGCUGCCGGCAGAGGGCGCGCAUGCGUACGGCGCCCGUGCUAGCCAGCCAAGUGCAGCAGGCGAUCCAGCAGAACGAGCGCCUGUCGAGAUCGCUCAACGCCGAGGAGACGACCCGACCCCCCCUCGACGGCGACUUCCAACUGAAGAUGGAGCUGUUCCGAUCGGCGAGCGCGCGGAACACGUCGCUAGAGUUUCUCGUGCGCAACGACUCAAAGUUUAGGAGCCUAGACCUGGAUGAUAAAUUGCCAUCAGAUCGCGCUCAGAGGAUGAUCACCCCGGAGGUGCGUGGAAUAUUGAAGUCCGGAUCAACAGUCGUCCCUAAGACUCUCGCUAAAGGCGAAAGCUCGGAGGGCUUGAAAGACGAGGGCAUCGACAGCUCGUCGGAGGAGGAAUCUGCAUCGGCGUCCAGCGUCUCUUCGUCAGAGAAGAGCUGCUCCUCAUCGGAUAGUUCCGAGGACGCCCCCGAUCCGAAGCCGAGACGCUUCCAGAGGAAGGGCAACAAACUGAAGCCCUCCCGGACGGAUUCAGACCUCGCGAGGACGUUACACGAGCAGUACCCCCGCAAAAUACAACUCCCCGCUGCGAACGAAUUCAAAGAGCGGCUGAGCCAAAAGGGUGUAGACGGGAAGCUGCCACUGCUUGGCAAGCUUGGCAGGAGGCAGGUAGAAGAUGGGGACGACAACGCUAGGUGCAGAAGGUUAGCGAAAGUACCGGACGCGUCGAUACAGCUUGGCAAGCUGAGGCGCCCCGUAGAGAAGACCGCCAACCAAGUAGAGAGCCGAGAGCAACCCGCCCCCGUUUUGAAGAUAACCGCUCUGAACCAGGCCGCCAAGAACAGGUUCUUCGGGCUGGAUACGGGGAAGAAGGAGAAGAGCUUGGAGGAGCUGACGGCUGCCGUGCGGAAGUACAUACCGCCGGUGAACAAAUCGAUGUCCACUCACACAAUGGAGGUGGCAGGCUCUGGCAGCGACGGUGAGAGCAGCGGCGGUAGGGAGGUUCGGCACAUCAACAGCAGAGUGAGACACAGG